CGUUUCCAUUUCCCAAGCUCGACCAUCAGUCUUCGCGUGCCUGAACCGUCUGCGCACGUAUUGAUUGAUUCAGGUUGGAAUAUUAUAAUCUCUCCCGUUAUUUCACGAUUUGCUAGCCGAGCCUUCUGAGUUUGAUGCAUAGAACAUAGCUGACAAAGGCAUAGAGACAGGGAGAAACCCGCUUUAACGAAAGGGUUUUUAUUUACAGUGGAAACGUCGAGGCCGGCUCAAACGCAGCGUUGGAGGAUUAUUACCAAGGAUCUGAUUCCAGGGAGUCGCCGAGGAUUUGAAAGAUUUUCUCCAGGCGAGGCGAGGCUGUGAUACCGAAAACAAGAUGGGGUGUACGCUUAGCGCCGAGGAGCGAGAAGCCAUGGAAAGGAGCAAGGCGAUUGAUAAGAAUAUAAAAGAAGACGGAGUCCAGGCUGCUAAGGAUAUAAAACUGUUACUGCUAGGUGCAGGUGAAUCCGGAAAAAGUACCAUUGUUAAACAAAUGAAAAUCAUUCACGAGGGCGGCUUCACACAGGAAGACAACAAGCAGUACAAGCCAGUGGUCUACAGCAAUACGAUACAGUCCCUCGUCGCCAUUGUGAGGGCCAUGGGAACACUGAAUAUUCCGUUUGGCGAUAACGAGAGAGAGUCUGAUGCAAAAAUGGUAUUGGACGUAAUUGCCAGAAUGGAAGAUACAGAGCCUUUUUCCGAGGACUUACUGGGGGCUAUGAAGAGGCUAUGGUCCGACAGCGGCGUACAAGAAUGUUUUGGUAGAUCUAAUGAAUAUCAGCUAAAUGAUUCAGCAAAAUACUUUUUAGAUGAUUUAGAUCGUUUAGGACAGAAAAAUUACAUGCCAACCGAGCAAGACAUACUUAGGACAAGAGUUAAGACAACUGGUAUCGUAGAAGUACACUUCUCUUUUAAGAAUUUAAAUUUCAAAUUGUUUGAUGUCGGCGGACAAAGAUCCGAACGCAAAAAGUGGAUACAUUGUUUUGAAGAUGUUACGGCUAUUAUCUUCUGUGUAGCUAUGAGUGAAUACGAUCAAGUACUCCACGAGGACGAAACUACAAAUCGUAUGCAGGAAAGUUUGAAACUGUUUGAUUCCAUUUGUAACAAUAAAUGGUUCACGGACACGUCGAUCAUCCUCUUCCUCAACAAAAAAGAUUUGUUUGAAGAUAAAAUUAAGAAAUCACCACUCACAAUAUGUUUUCCAGAGUACACAGGUAAACAAACGUACGAGGAUGCAGCAGCGUACAUUCAAGCUCAAUUUGAAGCAAAGAACAAAAGCACCACAAAGGAAAUCUAUUGUCAUCAAACCUGUGCUACCGACACGACCAACAUCCAAUUUGUUUUUGAUGCAGUUACGGAUGUAAUUAUUGCAAACAAUCUACGUGGAUGCGGAUUGUAUUGAUGUUGUUCAAGUUUUCAGAACUGUGCAUCAGCAACAAAACCAGUGUGUGAGGCGUCACAGACUCUGACAUGUACAUGUAACUGCCUUUUUUACAAAUUCCAGGUAUACAGAGUUACGAGGAUGCAGCAGCGUACAUUCAAGCUCAAUUUGAAGCAAAGAAUAAAAGCACCAGUUACAAGGAAAUCUAUUGUCAUCAAACCUGUGCUACCGACACGACCAACAUCCAAUUUGUUUUUGAUGCAGUUACGGAUGUUAUUAUAGCAAAAAAUCUGGAAGCAUGUGGAUUGUAAAGAAUUGUUUAGUACUGCAAAGUCCAUGAAGGGCAGUGGUUGGUGUCACUAUACCGUGGUUUUUGCUUCAACACUGGUCUUUUCGCCGGUAAUCCUGAAAGGCAAGGCAUUCUCCAACACUCAUGCAUACACGCACACACGCGCACGCAAACACGUACAGACAACACAUGCAUUGAAAGAUGUCCACAAGCAAGCUGUCACUCAAAGCGAACUAAUCAGGAAAAUGUUCUAAUAUUCUAGAAGCUCAAUUUGCGGAAUCAAGGAAUAUAUAAACCAGAAAACAGUUCUACAAAAAUUAACAAAAGGUUUUGUGUAUGCUAUAAGCAGUUUACAAUAAGACCAGGAUACUGUUGCAGGGUUUAUAAAAAGUCUUUGCACGAUUCACCUUGACUGUAUUGAUGUUGUGACAAGUUUCAGGAGCACUCUGUGAGGCGACAUCACCAAAGAUGGCGCCACCACCAAAGAGGGUCUCGUAUAUAAAUACAUAGUCUGUUUAAUAGCAAGUCCGCCUUGCACUGUUAUGUGAAACUGCACGUCAUUUGAAUACGUUCAUGUGGCAUUGUACGUUCAACUAUGAUAUAGCUUCCUUUCUUGCAAUUCAGAGGGAUCGAACUUGCUAAAAACAUUCAUCACAAGGAUUAUAGCCUAUGUACAGCUCUUGGUAAACGCUUCAGUAAUGGCCAUGGUUUAGAUAUUUAUUUUUAUCAUUAGUUUGCGUUCAGCAAAUUAAUCCACAUAAUACUUUGUCAUUGAUGAUUCCGUGCCAGGAGGUCUUGAUGUUUUGCGCCUUAUCAACGCCCUCUGGCGGCUGAAUAAACUAGGGGUGACGUCGGACGACAAUGUGCGUACAUGCAAGGUAUACUGCGACGAUGUUUCACUCCAUAAGAUAUAUGGAAGACUGCGGCGGUGGUUUUUAACUUCAAUAUGACACGAUGAUAUCUGAAUAUAUCCGCGAACAUCGUCGUUCCUUUGGAUAAGAACAAGACACGCCUGGUCAUAUCAAUGUCUUCGUAAUUUGUGGGCCGUUUGCCGCAUUGACGCAGGAUAUAAUUGGGCGAAUCUUAGAUCAUAGAGUGGACGUUGGAAUAAGGAACGUCUUGACUGCAAGCCCUCUAUCGAGUGAACUGAAAAGGGCCUUGUGACUGGGUGAUACCCUACGGACUUUGGUCGUAAGAAGAACAUUCUUGUCCAGAAAAGGAGUUGUCUUAGUAGUGAAGCAGAAAAGGAGCAACUCUUUCGAUGGGAUUAUCACGUUAACGUUUUUGCGUAUCCGUUUAUGAUAUGAUGUAGUAGAUAUGACUGUAAUUCUUUUUGUUACUGAAAUCUGUUGAUAAUGAAUCAUUAUCAGGGUUCUUUAAGAAAUCGCUUACUUUGGAAGAGUGUAAUUGCUUGAACUUGUUUGAUAUGUCACCGUAACUGUAGACGGAGACAGGUUGUUCCUUACUUGUGUACUAUGUUACAUGUAGAGACUGCCAAGAACUGUGUUUUUUCAGUAAAAAAAAACACGUAGGUGACGGACGGCCCGUAUGGUUCCAUGUUAGGUCGUGGGAAAAAGCCAAUAUCUGUCAAAAGCCAAAAAAAGUGGCGUUAAUUUUCCCGUUUUUGUAAAUGUAAAUUUUACGGCUCAGCGAAUCAAACCGUGAAUGUGAGGGAAUUGAAAAGAGUGUUGACUAAAACAGUGCAAAGAUAUUCUUCCAUACUAAACAGAAAAAAUACCCGUGUUCAAUCAAAGAGGGAAGUCGAGACAAGUAAGGAUGCGUGGCAAAAAUCAAAGUUGGAGUAACAGCAGACCUCAGUUAUCCCAAAGUAACAACAAUACUCGGUCACAUUCUUACAGUUCCCAAACCAUGCACUAACUCACACACGCCCACACGUCAUUAGUACACGUACAUUCUGUUCUGAAGAAAAAAACCACUGAGCAGUAAUUCCGGUUAUUUUGAUUUGACAAUUGACAAAUUCUACUUAAUAUCGUUUGUAACCCAGAACCUUUUCCCUAGGCCUUGCCAACGCUCUGGAGCCGAGCACAGUAUUGGUGAGAUAAACGAGCAGGGGAACUUGUGGCUUCAAUUUUUGCUGGUGACAGUUGUCAAAUUCAGGGGCCUUGUGGGACAUACAGUUUAUACAUAUGACAAUGUGGGUGUUUCUUAUUUGUGUAUGCUAAUGCACAUAUAACCAGGCAUAAGUAUGGAAUGGAAACAUAUCCCAGUUUGUACUCAGUAUAUUCGUAAGGCAUCCAGGCACAUGUGCAAUAGUGGUUUGGUGAUUGCUGUCGUAUUGACAGCCAAUGUUAUGUGACAUAUCGACAGCCAUGUCAUGGGACAGUCGUAACAUAUUAGCCUUCUAUAUAAAAACAAAAUACGAUACAGGGAAGAUCAUCACAAAUAUGUCGAAAUUGUGAAAAACUUUGGGCCCGUACGCGUGUUACGCUAGAGAAAAUGUUGGCAGACGCCGUUAGUUAAGUGUGACUUGUUCUGUUUCAAAGUGUUCCACUCAAUCGCACACACCGUAUGCGGUGAGAAUCUCUUCUAUGAUGCAGUAGCUUUGAGUAUAUAAGUAUAUCUAUAUAAAACCACAGAAUGAUAAUGUUUCAUGUUUCGAAUGGAUAUUUAGAUAACUUACAAUAUAGCGAUAGACUUUCCUCAUUUGUAUUUUGGUUACUACCGUUUCAAGUAAUCGAGAACAGAGAGAAAAUCGGGUGAUUUUUCUCCUGUUCGGUCAUCAUGACAAUUAAUGAGCUGUUCUUGGCAUGUUUGAUGAUGGUUUUCAUUACUUUAUUUUUCAAAGAGUAUUUCUCAUGGUAACUAGUGUUUAAAGUAGCUGAGAGUUUGUGAUUAUGUUGCUUAGUUACGCGUCACUUGCAAAUGGUGACCUCGUUCCAAUUUAAUUCGUAUACAGGGUUAGAAAAUUCAAAGGGGAGCAAUUUAUCGCUGUGUAAAGAGACCAUGUAACUACUAGUAACCUUGUAGCGUUUGUUACAAGCAGCAUUUUAUCUUGCCCAUGGUAUAACAGGCACUGGUCAGAAUUUGACCACCCAUCUAGCGGCCAGCAGGGCACUAUGUGGCAUCCAAUUGUUUCUAAUUUGUUUUCAUGACGUCUUUGAUAUGUUGUAGGUUGUUCCUACCCAAUUUCAUGCUUUAAGUGGCACUUAACGGGUGAGAACGCCCUAAGUGACGGGAACAUCUUUAAUGUAACACAAACAACAACCCAUCAACAUUAAAGAGGCGGCUAUUGUAUUUAAUUAAGUCAGUGAAUGUGAUGCUAAUUUUGUCUUCAUUGGAGGCUUCUGCAAUUCCUCUUUCCUUGAAGUUGGUUUUGUGUCCUGAUUGUCAUUAUGAUUGCAGCCGUUUAGGAGUGAGGUGGGGGGGGGGGGGGGUCGGUAAACGGAUCAAUUUAACGCCACAUCUUAUGGAUGAUCCUGUUUUCGUGUCAUCUAUCUAAAAUGACGUCAUUUUACCCCCAAGGAUUUCACGUUAGCGUCACCCACCUUUAUUCUGUCCACCCUUGUGACAAUCAAAAUGCAAUCCCAAAAUUCUUGCAAAGAGUUUAUUUAUUUUCCUUUCAGUGCAAGCUGUGAGUAAGGGCAUGGUCAAUAACUAUGCUAUGAGUCAAUAUAUAAAUAUAUAUAUGAUAUAUAUGUACAAGUUGUAUUAAAAUGAACAUUUUCAGGACGUCUAGUCUUUACCAUUGUAUGUAGUCUAUUCAAUUCAAAGUGUCUAGUUGUAUAUUGCAUAUCAGUUAUUCGUAGUUUUUUGGUCUUUUUCCAAAAUCAAGAUGAGUUGUUGGGGCGGGACAUACAAUUGUGGGCCGACACCAAGGAAACGUUGAGGAGGCAAUGGCAAUUGAACGGUUAAAUCUCCACGCCACAUGUGAUUCACUUGGGAUUGGGAAAAGAUCUCGUAGAGUACGAGAUUCUCGUGCUCGACUAUUUCAGCACAGCAGAUAUGUUACCGUUCAGUGUUGUGGCUCUUCAUCCUGACUUUGAAAUAAAUUCUAUGAUAGCA